GGAAGGACAGAAGGAAGAGUGUAGUACCCAAAGACUGUCAACUUCUAACAGAGUUGUACAAGUGCCUCUAAUACGGAAGAUAUAUAAGCGGACAAUCGCAGUAUCAGGUCUUCGGUACAAGUGGAACUACCGGCAGUUUGUUGCGAUGGGGAAUUCAAACGUUCAUAAUUUAGGAAUACCUCCGGGGAAAGGACCACACGAAGUGGGUUGCACUGAUUUAAUGGUUGGACACACAGUACAGGGAACUUUCUUAAGACUGUACUAUCCAUGCCAAACUUUGGCGACUUCUGAGAGGCCAAAUUGGAUUCCAUGCAGAGAGUACUUCAAUGGCCUUGCAGAUUUCAUGAAGCUAAACAGAGUGCUGAGUGAAAGAACUUUUAGCUACCUCUUUGGUUCAUUUAAAAUCCCAGCAGCAUGGGAUGCAUCUUUGAAAGCAGAUGGAAAAUAUCCUUUAAUUAUCUUUUCCCAUGGCCUGGGAGCUUUCCGGACGUUGUAUUCAGCCAUAUGUGUUGAGCUGGCCUCACAGGGGUUCAUUGUUGCUGCAGUGGAACACAGAGAUGAGUCGGCGAGUGCAACGUACUACUACAAAGAGAAGACGGGACAAAAGACUCAUCCACCACAUCAAAACCUUCGGCCUGUAUCUGACAAUUUGGAGGAGCAAUGGAUGUAUUACAGAUCACUUAAACUUGGAGAGAAUGAAUUCUCUCUUAGAAACAAGCAAGUGAAACAAAGAGCAGAUGAAUGCAUCAGAGCUUUGGAGCUUCUUAUUGAGAUCAACUCAGGAAAGUCUGUGGACAAUGUCUUACUGUCUCAGUUUGACUGGUCAAAGAUGGAGAAUUGCAUGGAUUUGUGUAGAAUAGCAGUUAUGGGACAUUCCUUUGGUGGGGCCACAGUGAUAGAGUGUUUGUGCAAGGAAGUCAAAUUCAAGUGUGGUGUUGCACUGGACACCUGGAUGUUUCCCCUUGAUAAUGAGAUAUUUCCAAGCGUGAAACAGCCUAUUUUUUUUAUAAACUCCGAAAAGUUCCACUGGGCAGGGAACAUCGUUUGUAUGAAGAAGCUAGACUCAGAAACAAUUCCAAGGAAAAUGAUCACCAUCAGGGGAGCAGUCCAUCAGAGCUUUCCUGAUUUCACAUUUAUGACUGGUAACUGGGUUGGGAAGAUCAUGAAACUCAAAGGAGAAAUCAAUCCUCAUAUAGCAAUGGAUCUUUGCAACAGAGCUUCUUUAGCAUUCCUUCAGCGACACUUGUAUUUAGAUAGAGACUUCAAUCAAUGGGAUCAUUUAAUUGAUGGAAAAGAUGACAACCUGCUUCAAGGCACCAACCUCACUGUACUUCAGUCAGCAAUCUAAACUUAUCAUGAAAACCAACAGUAGCUAAACUUUCAUAUUUCUGUUCCUAUCCAAGUAAGCAUAACGAUGGCUCUAUGUAUAAUCAGCAAUAAACCUAAUCAGGGUGCCCAGCUCCGGUCAAACUGCUCGAGGGCUGUAGAAUUUCUGCAUACCUGGCUGUACUAUUCAUGUGCAUCUGAAGGCUUUGAAUAACUGGAUUCAAGUGUGUUAAAUUAGGGUUGGAACUUUGCAGGAUGGUAGAUCACCCCUUUGGUUUAAGGUUCAAUGACUGGAAUGAGAACCUUGGAUAUAAUAGAUGAGCUGACUGUAGUCCACAGAGUUGACUGGCUAUUAGAUCCAUUCACCCCAAUCAUUCCUACAAAUUGCACAACUUAUGCAUUACAAUGUGUCGUAUUCCACGUGCCUGUGGUGGGAUGUACAUUUCUAGUAUUAGUGUUUAGCUAAACAGUGGACUUGGCCUGUAUAGACUGGAUCGUGAUGACAUGGAAAGAAAUGUGUAGCUGUCCCACCUACAGCUGUUUACACAGUACAGCAUUCCUGCACAAUGCAGCCAUCACCCUCUAGAGUCCAUGUCCAGCUUAACUCUUGUUCAAGGCAAGCAAUUACACAUUAAACUAGCAAAACCAGUGUGUAUGAUUGAAGUUUCAAUAUAGAUUGGACCUUGUAAUGAUUUGAGUGAAGUAACUAUUUAAGCAUAUUGUUACAAUAAUGCAGUGCAAUGUUUUUUAUAGCAUAUGUUAUGAGAAGUGUUUAUUAGAAAUGCCUUGAAGAUGCAGGGUUAGCCUAUAAGCCAACUGUUGCCAUAGACAAUGUUAGCCAUCACUAAAAUCCAUUACUGGCCAGUUCCUGAUCCCAGGACUGCUGGUGAAUGGAGAUUUUUGGAUCUCUACCCAGCAGUGAGACAAAUGCAAAAAUCAUUAACAAUACUAUCCUGCUGGUAUUAAUGCUGUGCUGAGAAUGGUACAGCAUACAUUUAAUAUCCAAGUCAGCAACAAAAUUCCUUGUCAGAAGUAAUGUGCCAGGUGGGGUUUAUGCUAUAGUCUGGACAUUUAUACAAUGCACCUGUAGGAAAGGUGCACCUACUAAAGUGGCCAAUGAGCUUAGAAUUAAAAGGGAGGCGUUUUAUGAAAUGGGUGGUGUGUAUUUUACUCUCUGUCACAUGCCUUGCUUCUGUUUAGUAACACUGCCCUUUUCUAUUAAGGACUAAAUAUUGCCCCAUUUCAUAUUAAUAUGUGGCACUGAAGGUGUUGCAAAAUAGAGAGUAACACUUUUUCUGCCUGGCAUGCACAUGUUUAGAAUUAGCUCCAACAGUUAUAGGUCAGGUUUCCUCCAGAAGCUUGAAUUUCACUCAUAUGUAAGAUUUAUCUACUUUCUGGUGCUUUAAUCUGUUACGAAUCAUUUGUAAUGCCAUCAGUGAAACUGUUUUUAACACUACAUCUUUUUCAGACAAAAUGGGG